AUGUUCGAAUUCGGCGUCGUUGAGGCCGUCAAUACGGGAUCUACGCUUACGACUACCAAAACCGGGGCUUUUGCGACCGCUUUCGAGUACACCGACGAACAGACCACCCAACCCACAGUUACAACUCUACGGAGUAGGGGGAGUAGCGUUUCAAAACAUAGCAAUCCAUCAAAUCAAUCCCCCUUGAAGAUGGCUACCGGAUAUGCGGCCACCCCUGAGCCACCCGCGCUUUUUGUGCGGGCCAUGUACGAUUACGAUGCUGACGACCACACCAGUCUCAGUUUCCGCCGAGGAGAUAUAAUACAGGUUCUCAACCAACUAGAAACCGGAUGGUGGGAUGGAGUUAUUGAUAAUGUCCGCGGCUGGUUCCCCAGCAAUUACUGUACAAUGAUCACGGAGGCAGAUGAUUUCGGAGAGCAAAUGACACAGACACACGAAGACACCGAUAUUAACACCGAAUCCAGCUUGGAUGAUGAUUAUGGUAAUAGCCACGAAGAGGAGGAGGAUUUGGACUCCGAAGUGAACCAGCGCGACUCACAGUCUGCUCUACCGAUAGAGAGUACCUCUGAACCCAAGGAACAGGAAGAAGCAGCAUUUUGGAUUCCGCAAGUCACCCCCGACGGCCGUCUAUUCUAUUUCAACACCCUUACUGGAUACUCGACCCACGAAAUGCCAUUUGAGAAUCCGACUUCAACAGACGAGAGUGGUCCUGACCGUACCCACUUCUUUGUCCCUGAGCAGACUCGACCGCCUCCUGAGUUGAUGGCGCGCGGAUUUGAGCGAGAUGAAGAUGAUUAUGACGGCUCGGCUUCUGAGGCAGAAGGAGAAUCGCUUAUGCUGAGUAGCUCUCAUGACUCUCUGUCUCGUCAUCGUCAAUCCCUCAUUGAUGGUGUGUCUCCUGCUACCUCUAUGGAUUCGUUGUACCCCCCUGGACCGAAAGAUUCCAAGACAUUGCAGACAAACAAGAGCCCGUCAUUUAGCAGCAACGGGGGAACUAGUACUAGCAAAUUCAUCACUGAAAGCUUCUCUCGACCUUCAAUUUCCUCCGGUACUCCUCAACACUUUGUGGAUGAUGGUGUUGCGUCACCAGUCACUUGGCCUGCCCUCGUGGACAACAUGCGAUCAGCCAUUGACGCCUACCGCAAGGCUCUCUAUCGCCAUGAACGAUCUGAGUAUGUAAGAAGGGCGGAGGAUAUCUCCGAUCAUCUGCGCAUGCUCUUGGCAGCUGGAUCUGACACAACUGAUAACCAUUCCGGCAACCCCUCGAUCAUUUCCACCAAUAAGGCGCUGUACCCUUACUUCCGGGACACGAUGUCGAAAUUCUCCAAGUUGGUUCUCUCGUCACAUAUCGCAGCCGCCGAUUGGCCCAGUCUCGACUCUGAAAAUAAAUGCCUGUUGGAGGCCGACGGUGUCAUGCAGGGAGUAUACGGUUAUGUGGACGUUGCCCGCCAGCAGCGCGGGGACAGCAUUCACCGGAUCAUUCCUGGGUUUGUUAAUGGUAGUGUGUGUGGUGGCAGUUGGCAAAAUAACGGCGUCACUUUGAAUAAUGCUGGCCCGACGUCCUUCCUUGCACCUGAGGGCGAUGCGCGAGCCGAACCUUCAGUCACUCUUGAUAAUAAGCUCCUCGAUCAGGUUGAUAUCCUCCGGAGGUCCUUUGUGGGUUGUGUUCGUCGACUGGAGGAGCGAUUAACCAUGGACCAAAAGAUCGUCACACACCCAGAGCACUCAGAGUUCGCGGAUGAUGUUGCCGUUGCAGCGAUCAAGGUCCUUAAUCAAUUCAAACCCUGGAUUGAGAUUAUUGAAUCGGUCAACCUUGUCCCUCUUGGCACAACCUUCCAGAAUCCUCAAUUGGUAGAUUUCAGCUUGCAAAAGCAACGAGUGUACGAUGGAGUUGGAGAUUUCAUCGUAACCACCCAGGCAAUUUCCGCUCCUCUAUCUGACGAGUGGUCGGAGUUACGCGGUGAUUCUCUCGAAGAUCGUAUCACUGCCUUGCGACUUGUGAUUAAACAGUUGGAGAACUACGUCUCUCAGAUAGGUUUCUCGCUAGCCUUGCUCCUGGAGCAAAUUCCCGACGAUACCCUUCGAAGCGAAAGCCGCUUGGACGAAGAAGACGAGCGACUCAGCAACGGUACGCACAGCCGCAGUGGAUCUCAAAGCAAUAUCGCCGAAGAGUCGAUUGGCAUUCCGUCUUCUUACGCCCUCGGCAAGGGUAACAAGGUGCGGCGCAACAUGGACAAGGCCCAGAGAUUCUUCGGCCAGGCACCACCUGCAACGGUUACCCGCGAGCCACAGAUCCGGGAGCCUGUCAAAGAGCCCGAGGAGACUCCAUGGUACUUGAACAUGGAUCACGAGGGCGAGGUGUUUUACGAUACUAAAGGAGAUGUACCCAUGCUUAAAUGUGGAACAUUGGCUGGUUUGGUAGAACAUCUUACGCGCCACGACAAGCUCGAUGCAUCCUUCAACAACACUUUCCUUCUCACCUAUCGCUCAUUCACCUCCGCAACCGAACUCUUUGAACUUCUCGUGCAGCGCUUCAAUGUCCAGCCUCCAUUUGGGUUGAAUUCAGAUGAAAUGCAAGUGUGGAUUGAUCGGAAACAAAAACCUAUAAGAUUCCGCGUAGUCAACAUUCUCAAGAGUUGGUUUGACCAUUUCUGGAUGGAGCCCAAUGAUGAAGUGAAUAUGCAACUUAUGCGACGGGUACAUUCGUUUACGAAGGAAUCAGUCGCUACUACCAAGACUCUUGGUGCUCCUGCACUACUUACUGUCGUUGAGCAACGACUGCGUGGCCAGGACACCAGUGGCAAGCGACUUGUACCUACCCAAAACGUCGCAGCACCACCACCAAUCGUUCCGAAGAACAUGAAGAAGCUCAAGUUCCUCGAUAUUGAUGCUACAGAGUUUGCCCGACAGUUGACUAUCGUCGAGUCGCGUCUUUAUUCUAAAAUUCGACCUACAGAGUGUUUGAAUAAGACCUGGCAGAAGAAAGUUGGCCCUGAGGAGCCAGAGCCGGCUGCUAAUGUCAAGGCUCUGAUUUUGCACUCCAACCAGUUGACAAAUUGGGUGGCUGAAAUGAUCUUGACACAAAGCGAUGUCAAGAAGCGUGUAGGCGUUAUCAAGCACUUUGUCAACGUUGCUGACAAAUGUCGCUCGCUCAACAAUUACUCCACCCUAACAUCUAUCAUCUCUGCUCUUGGAACCGCUCCCAUUCAUCGCCUUGGUCGCACUUGGAGCCAAGUCAGCGGCCGUACUCAUGCAAUUCUUGAGCAGAUGCGUCGCCUUAUGGCAAGCACAAAGAAUUUUGGCGAGUAUCGCGAGACCCUGCAUCUUGCCAAUCCUCCUUGUAUUCCAUUUUUUGGUGUCUAUCUCACAGAUUUGACUUUUAUUGAGGAUGGUAUCCCAUCUCUUACGCCAUCUGAACUUAUCAACUUCAACAAGAGAGCGAAGACUGCAGAGGUUAUCCGGGACAUCCAGCAGUAUCAGAACGUCCCCUAUCUCCUUCAACCCGUACCGGAACUACAGGAUUAUAUCCUCAGUAAUCUUCAAGCUGCCGGUGAUGUUCACGACAUGUAUGACCGAAGUCUCGAGAUCGAGCCUAGAGAACGUGAAGAUGAGAAAAUCACAAGGUACGAAGCCGCAAACAAAGAGUCUAAAACCUCGAUGUAUUUUGCAAGCACCGUCGCAAGAAUGCGAUAA